UGUUAUAUACACAAACACCAUCACUUACACAGAAACAGAGCAUCUUUACCAAAAUUCAUCUCACCAAAUGAUACUCUAAUAAUCACACCUUCAUUUUCAAUUAUAUUUACAGCAAUGCCAUCUCGUUUACUCCCAUCUCUGCCGGCGUUACCACCUUCCCCGCCGCUAAAUUGGAACCACCACCACCGCCACCGUGUCCACCUACUUCCAGCUGUUUUAGCCGGAGCUUUAUCCGUUUCCGUUUUUGGUUUUCUUAUUCUCAUUUUCUUUUUCUACAGAAAGUUAUCUCGUAACCGCACAGCUCCGACUGAUCUUAAAUCACCUAAUAACCAGCAGCAAUGUCGCCGUUUCUCUUACUCGCAACUUCGCAGCGCAACAGCGUCGUUUUCAAACUCUAACCGCCUCGGCCACGGUGGAUUCGGAUCAGUUUAUAAAGCUACUAUUCCGUCAACAAGUCAGCCGUUAGCAGUCAAACUAAUGGACCCGAACGGUUCACUUCAAGGAGAGCGUGAGUUUCAUAACGAGUUAGCUCUCGCUUCUUCUCUUAACUCUCCUUACAUUGUGUCUCUGUUAGGGUUUUCCUCCGACCGCCGUAGACGGAAGCUGAUUUUAGUGUAUGAGCUGAUGGAGAACCGGAGCUUACAGGACGCUUUGUUGGAUCGGAAAUGUGAGGAGCUUAUGAACUGGAGGCUAAGGUUUCAUUUAGUGACGGAUAUUGCUAAGGGAUUAGAAUAUUUACAUUAUUUCUGUACUCCACCGGUGAUUCACGGUGAUGUUAAGCCUAGUAAUAUCUUGCUUGAUUCCGAUUUUAAGGCGAAGAUAGGCGAUUUCGGACUCGCUAGAUUGAAAACAAUGGAGGAUAAUGUUGAAAAGAAGGAAGCUUUUGUUUUGCCGGAGGAUAAUGGAUCAAUUUUGGAGGAGGUUGAGAGUGUUGUCACUGGAUGUGAUGAUAGUAGUGUUGUAGGAAUGGAUCGUUCCCCGGAGAGUUUUGCUGUUCGGAUUUUGGAUUCGGAUGCCUCACCGGAGACAGUUGGAGUAGUGUCACCUGAGAUGGGAGUGGAUAAGGGGAGUGUUUCAGAAAUGGGGGUUGAUAAUGAUAAGGUUAGUAUAGAUAGUGGUAAGGAUUUGGUUAAUGGAGGGAAGAAAGGCGGUUCGAGAAGAGAUUGGUGGUGGAAACAAGAUAAUGGCGGGGGGUCAGAGUCGGGGAGAGUGAAGGAUUAUGUGAUGGAAUGGAUUGGGAGUGAGAUUAAGAAGGAGAGACCAAAAAAUGAAUGGAUUGCAUCUCAUAGCUCUGAUGGGGGCAGUGUGUUGAGGACGAAAAGCUUGACGAUUGAGCCUAAGAAGAAGCAUAAGAAAAGAUUAGAGUGGUGGGCUUCUUUGGAUGAGGAGAAGUUGCAAAAGAAGGAGAAGUGUAGAAAGCCUAGAGAAUGGUGGAAGGAAGAGUUCUGUGAGGAGCUUACUAAGAAAAAGAAGAAAAGAGGACUUAACUCUAGCAAUGGUGGUGAUUCGUGGUGGCAGAAGGAGGAUGAUUUAGUUCAAGAGAGGAAGAAGAAGAAGAAUAAGAGUAGUAGAGGGAGCAUUGAUUGGUGGUUAGAUGGGUUUAGUGGUGAAUUAAGAAAUUGUAGAAGAAAUAGUCAAGAUUGGUUAAGUGGAGAGAUACCUAAGAGCGGUGGUAUUAGUAGCACUCCUAGUAUGAGGGGUACCGUUUGUUAUAUUGCCCCUGAGUAUGGCGGUGGUGGUCUUCUAUCAGAGAAGUGUGAUGUGUAUAGCUUUGGUGUUCUUCUUCUUGUGGUGGUUUCCGGUCGUAGACCGCUGCAAGUUACUGCCUCGCCAAUGUCGGAAUUCGAGAGGGCUAAUUUGAUUUCUUGGGCUAGGCAACUUGCUUAUAGUGGAAAGCUUUUGGAUCUUGUUGAUCCUUCAAUACAUUCAUUGGAUAAAGAUCAGGCAUUGGUUUGUAUCACAAUCGCAUUACUCUGUUUGCAGAGAUCGCCAACCAAACGGCCAACUAUGAAAGAAAUUGUGGGGAUGCUUUCUGGUGAAACAGAACCACCUCAUUUGCCAUUUGAAUUUUCACCAUCACCGCCGUCCAAAUUUCCUUCGAAGUCCCGGAAGAAAGCCCGGUGAGGUGAUUUGAUCUAAUAUAAGUCAUUAACUGUAGAUUGUGUACUAUAGUAGCUGUUUUAGGUCAUUUUCUAAUUAUCAUGUUUGUAGAAAUCUGUCUCCAAAUGGAAAUGAAUACACAUAUAUUCUUAUGAA